GACGAAGCAGGGUUUAGAGCUUCGCUAAGCCCUCUCGCUGGGACAUUGUUCGACUCUCCUAUCCAUUACUUCACACUUUCUACCCCACCCCUGAAGAAAGCCAAAGGCUUUCAAUCAUUUUCUGUUCGUUCCCGCAGCUGUUGGGUCUGUGUACUUUGUAGCAAAGUUAUAUUGUAAGAAACUUCGCAAUAGCAAAACUUAAGUAAAAAAGGAUGACCCUAUUCGGAUUGACCGCUAGUCCCUCGAGAUAUUGUCUCCAAAUACCUGUACGCGGCCCGGGGUCUCUGAAUAGGCGAACUUCAGCUUUUCCUAGUGCCAGGAAACCUAAACAACAUAUUGGGUUUCUCCGUCUAGAAAGAACUUACCCGAUUGAUUCUAUGCAAAGAUGCUGUACACAACAAUCUCACUUGAUCAAGUGUGCAAUGGAUGCUUCCUAUGGUGAGGGGGCAAAUGGACCACCGGCUAUCUUUCCUAGAAUUAAUGUAAGGGACCCAUACAAACGACUUGGAAUAAGCAGGGAGGCCUCUGAAGAUGAAAUUCAAGCUGCCAGAAACUUCCUUGUUCGUCAAUAUGCUGGGCACAAACCAAGUGUUGAUGCUAUUGAAUCUGCCCAUGACAAAAUUAUUAUGCAGAAGUUCUAUGAAAGGAAAAACCCCAAAAUAGACAUCAAGAAAAAGGUUCGGGAAUUCAGGCAGUCCCGUAUUAUUCAGGUUAUCACAGAUAGGUUCCGAACUCCAUCAACAAAGUUCAUUAUAAAGACUUCUAUUGUCUUUGUAGUGCUUGGAGUUCUCACUGUUCUCUUUCCCACUGAAGAAGGCCCCACCCUUCAGGUCGCAAUAUCUCUGAUGGCUACCAUAUAUUUUAUUCAUGAUCGAUUAAAGAGCAAGAUCCGAGCUUUGCUCUACGGGGCUGGAGCGUUUGCUUUUUCAUGGCUGCUGGGAACUUUCUUGAUGGUGGCUGUGAUUCCACCGAUCCCUGUACUUAAAGGACUGAGGAGUUUUGAAGUGUUGAGUUCAUUGAUAACCUAUGUUCUACUCUGGAUUUCGUCUACUUAUCUUAAGUAGAGCCAAUUACAUCUUGUUAGAGGUCCCCUAUUCUUUUUGGAGUGGACGCCAGGUUUCUUGGUUGCUGGUUCAUUCAUUUCCCCAUUUUGCUUCAUAAAACUGUGACACCGAUACUCCUGGCUAUCAUGUGUUAAUAUUUUGUGAAAUGAGUCUUUCAGUUUUCGAAGAGAAGAUUUCUGGAAGUGAGCGUUUUGUUGUUCGGAGAAAGGGUGUAAACUAGAUAAAGAUACAGAUCGGCUUUUGCAUUUCCUGGUUUCUUGCAUUCUUUUUCUUUAAUGAGGUAUCCUUCUUAGCCAA